CUUGGGAAAGGGGGAUGGGGUGGGAUGCACUGAUCACUUCUGCUCCCCAAAAUGGAUCCUAGUCAGUCGUUUCCUUUCCCAAGUAAUAAUAAUUUCAACAAUAGCAGUAAUGUGAAAAGGAGAUUGGAUCAGGAAAUUUGGGAGAGGUCUCCCUGGUGAAAGGCACCAGCAGGGACGUUUUUUUUUGCUCUGACUUCCGCGUUCAGUCUAUUUGCCUGGCCCGGGAAGGGGAGUAGAGGUCGCGCAAGGGGCACUCCCCGCGAGCCGGCAACAGCGGUCUGUCCAGAGUUCACCGAGAGUACGCGUUUAGUGGGGGCUCGCCGCCCAGUCUGGGGGUCUCUCACUCAACACUGCCAAGUUGCCUGGGCAGAGAGAACUCCCUGCCUAAGGGAACAGCCUCCCGGAGAGGUCAUGUCUAAGGCACAGAGAUGGGCAAGAUCGAGAACAACGAGAGGGUGAUCCUCAAUGUCGGGGGCACCCGGCACGAAACCUACCGCAGCACCCUCAAGACCCUGCCCGGGACGCGCCUGGCCCUUCUCGCCGCCUCCGAGCCCCAGGGCGACUGCCUGAAGGCGGCGGGCGACAAGCUGCAGCCGUCGCCCCCUACGCUCUCGCCGCCGCCGCGACCGCCCCCGCUGUCCCCCGGGCCGGGCGGCUGCUUCGAGGGCGGCGCGGGCAACUGCAGCGUCCGCGGCGGCGGCGGCGACUACCCCCGGGGCAGCCGCGAGUUCUUCUUCGACCGGCACCCGGGCGUCUUCGCCUAUGUGCUCAACUACUACCGCACCGGCAAGCUGCACUGCCCCGCCGACGUGUGCGGGCCGCUGUUCGAGGAGGAGCUGGCCUUCUGGGGCAUCGACGAGACCGACGUGGAGCCCUGCUGCUGGAUGACUUACCGGCAACACCGCGACGCCGAAGAGGCGCUCGACAUCUUCGAGACCCCCGACCUCAUCGGCGGCGACCCUGGCGACGACGAGGACCUGAAGGCCAAGAGGCUUGGCAUCGAGGACGCCGCGGGCCUGGGGGGCCCCGACGGCAAGUCCGGCCGCUGGAGGAGGCUGCAGCCCCGCAUGUGGGCCCUCUUUGAGGACCCCUACUCGUCCAGAGCCGCCAGGUUUAUUGCUUUUGCUUCUUUAUUCUUCAUCCUGGUUUCAAUCACAACUUUUUGCCUGGAGACACACGAAGCUUUCAAUAUUGUUAAAAACAAGACAGAACCAGUCAUCAAUGGCACAAGUGUCGUUCUACAGUAUGAAAUCGAAACAGAUCCUGCCUUGACGUAUGUAGAAGGAGUGUGCGUGGUAUGGUUUACUUUUGAAUUUUUAGUCCGUAUUGUUUUUUCCCCCAAUAAACUUGAAUUCAUCAAAAACCUCUUGAAUAUCAUUGACUUUGUAGCCAUCCUACCCUUCUACUUAGAGGUGGGACUCAGUGGGCUGUCAUCCAAAGCUGCUAAAGAUGUACUUGGCUUCCUCAGGGUGGUCAGGUUUGUCAGGAUCCUGAGAAUCUUCAAGCUCACCCGCCAUUUUGUAGGUCUGAGGGUGCUUGGACACACGCUUCGAGCAAGUACUAAUGAAUUUUUGCUGCUGAUCAUCUUCCUGGCUCUAGGAGUUUUGAUAUUUGCUACUAUGAUCUACUAUGCGGAGAGAGUAGGAGCUCAACCCAAUGACCCUUCAGCUAGUGAGCACACGCAGUUCAAAAACAUUCCUAUUGGGUUCUGGUGGGCUGUAGUGACCAUGACUACCUUGGGCUAUGGAGAUAUGUACCCCCAAACGUGGUCAGGGAUGCUUGUGGGAGCCCUGUGUGCUCUGGCUGGAGUACUGACAAUAGCCAUGCCGGUGCCUGUCAUUGUCAACAAUUUUGGAAUGUACUACUCCUUGGCAAUGGCGAAGCAGAAACUUCCAAGAAAAAGAAAGAAGCACAUCCCUCCUGCCCCUCAGGCAACCUCGCCUACAUUUUGCAAGACAGAAUUAAAUAUGGCCUGUAAUAGCACACAGGGUGACACGUGUCUGGGCAAAGACAAUCGGCUUCCGGAACAUAACAGAUCAGUGUUAUCAGGUGACGACAGUACAGGAAGUGAGCCGCCAUUAUCACCCCCAGAAAGGCUCCCCAUCAGACGCUCUAGUACCAGAGACAAACACAGAAGAGGGGAAACAUGUUUCCUACUGACGACAGGUGAUUACACGUGUGCUUCUGAUGGAGGGAUCAGGAAAGGAUAUGAAAAAUCCCGAAGCUUAAACAACAUAGCGGGCUUGGCAGGCAAUGCUCUGAGGCUCUCUCCAGUAACAUCACCCUACAACUCUCCUUGUCCUCUGAGGCGCUCUCGAUCUCCCAUCCCAUCUAUCUUGUAAACCAAACUGCAUCAGUCGGCUUAAUUGUCUUAAUUCAAGUACUGUUUACCCCAUAAUGGAAAUAAUUAAACAUAGACUUACUCCAAGCUCCAUUAAUACAGUACCAGUCCUGCAUGAUACUAUCUGAAGUCAGAAAUGCCAUUUGGGUAGCCAACAAAUCUUAUCCUGGCUUUAAAUGAAUCUUAUCCUGGUAGUGCUACUACUUCUCCAUAUUAAUUGCCCUGAUCUCCUUUUGCAAUAAAAUGACAGAUAGCAUCAGAUAUUGGCCAGUACCCUAAUACAUAAACAUAUCUUCAGGGAGAUAUAUUUAAACCAGUGUGCUUCCAAAUGCCAACCACUUCAUGGGAACUUCAUUUCUUGUGACUCUCUAAACCAUUCUGAAGAUGUCUGGGAUUCUAUUUUGAUUGCUCACAACAUGACUUUGGUCAGCUCAUUUGCAUGGACCAUCUUGUCUCUAUCACCUGAAAGCAAUGUCACAAAGUUCGGGGACCAUGGAUGGCUCAGGAUAUGUGUACUUGCGUUGAACCAUCCUGCUGAUGUGAAAGUACUGGUCGACUGUUCUGCAUGUUGAAUUGUGGGGCAUGGAGGGCGAGUUUCUCCCUGACAUAUUUUUUUUCUUAUUCUUUGAAAAAAAUAUUUGUUUUAAAAGAUUUAAUUUCUUGAUUGAUUUACUUUUGUUCCAAAAUGCUGUAUUGGAGUUCUGAAUAUCUCUGGUUGUUUGCACACAGAUAACUGCAAAGAGGUUGUCAUUACUGGUUACACGCAAGCUGAGGCCAGAUCUCUUACUUAAUGGCUUGGGGAAGGCACAAAACAUGAGAGAAAGGUAACUGCCAGCCAGGCUUGCAUUGUUUAGAUAGGAAUUGCUGCUUGGUACUAGAGUCAUAUAUUUUUUUUAAAUCCCAGAAUUUGUCAUCAUUUUCAGAGGCAGAGUGCCAAAUAUCAUUCAAAGCUCUUGUCAUUUUUACCCCCUUCCUUUAUUUUAAUUAUUAAUUUUUUUGCAAACAACAAGGAGCAUUGUUGUUCACAGGAAGCUUUCUUGACCAGCCUUAAAUUUCUGACUCACAGGAUUAAUCAGCUUUUCAGGCAGUAUUUAAUCAGGUGCUUUGUCCUGUAUGUUGUUCUGUCCGUUUGUCUUAGCUCCCUGUCUUAAGUGUAUAUGCCAUCCGUCUCCAUGAAGCACAGAAAUGCCUUGAUAAGGUGUUCAUGAUUUUAGUACUGGGUCUUCUCCCCUGCCCCUUGCCUUCUUUGGUUACUUGGAACAAGCCUCUCUGCUUGUUCACUCCAAUGAAACCCCCAGGGUGUCUUAUUCAGUCCAAGUGGAAGAAAUUCUGUUUACACAUCCCUACAAAUGCAAUAGCAGUAGUGUGUCUGGUGUACUGGGCAUGAGAGGGAGGAAAAAUGUCAUACUAUAAAUUGAGAGAUAAACAAUAUUUCUGAGGCAUUUAGGAUCCUAGAGACUGCUAAUUCCUAAUGCUCAUGUUUAUUUUCAGUUAGGAAGAUAAUUGCCACUUUUAUGAUUGGCCACAUAACAAGUACUACUUUAUAUUCCUAAGUCCUAGAGCAUGACCUGCAUGUCAAAGACCUUGUACAGCAAUGUAUUUACUCAGACAUAAACAUCUGAUAUUUAGAGAUUCAGUGAUGCUUUUGAUAACACCACACAUAGAAAGUUAUAAUUACACACAGCUUUAUGGUAAAGAAAUUAAUAUACUGUCUGGUGCUGCUGUUAUUGACUGCAGUGUUGUACAGAAUUUAUCAUGGAUUUUUGACUGCUGAAAAAGGGACUGUGGAAUUUAGCCAUACCAAGGACUGUACUGGAAACAGAUUUCUGCUGCUGAAUGUGCCCUGAUGUGACCAGGUUGCACUUGGAAGAGAUCCUCCCGUCUUCAUGAGGCAUUAAAAGUUCGUAAAAGAACAGUGGAUGGAACUCAUUUGGUGCUCCCCAUAUGAGUGGUCUGUUGUGGACUGGCCAGCGUCCAUGAAACAACUGUAAAUACCAGCGUGUGUGCAUGGAUCAACAGCUUUGGCCAUCUCACGUCAAAGGAAGCCAAAUUCAUGAUCAACAUCUCUGGAGCUUCAAGUAAGGCCCAUACCUCUGUGAAUUACCACCUCAUGGAGUUGCAGUAGAUUGUGCUGUGAAUCAUAAAAGCAGUGAUAUUGGUGUAGUAUAGGUCUGUCUUAAUUUCCCUUAUUUCUCCUUUGUUGGUUGGAUCCACAAACACUAACUGUAUCAUUUUUUUAAUAAACCACUUAUAUGAUCAGCUUGUCAGAUUACGUUGUGAAAUUUUCAGUGCCUAUUUAUCAAAACUGACCUAUUUUGAAUCCCACAUUUGUUUAAGUUCUGAAAAAUUGUUUGACUUAAAAAACUCACUAAUAUUACUUAUAGUUUAAGUGUUUUGUCAUUGUUACCUCAAUUAUUAAUAUGACAAAAAAUAAAAUUCUGGCAAUGAGAGUAUUUUUUUAUUAAAUGAUCAAGGAACAAUGUCAGUAUAUAGUAGAAUAUUAAUUGAAUUAUAUCCUAAAAUGUAUAUUUUGCAUAAAAGAGAUAUUCUUCAAUCAAUUACUUUUUUGUGUUUUGUGGCAAAUUAAGCUUGUACUUGUCUUUAAAUCUGUUGUAGUUGAAACUGUAUAAGAAUUCUUCGUCUUGCUUAAUCAGUAUUUCCAGAAUCUAUUAGUUCCCCUGGGAUUCUGAAUAUAACAUAUAACCUAAUUAUGAACCUGUGUAUCGUGGACCUUUUGUGAACAUCUCAAGGUGCAUGCACAUCCUUGUUGAUAAUUGAUGGAAAUGUAAAUAACUGAAAUGAAGAAUAAAAGGCAAAUAAGCUGGGGAUAAACUUGAAUCCUAUCUGAUUAAAUUCUUCAUAUUCUU